GAAGGAGGACCAGAAGUAAACGCUGUCGUUUGCUCAUCACCUUCAUUUUAGCCAAAAAAAACGAAAUCCCCGCCAAGAGCUUUUAAGGCUUUUCUCUAGGGUUUAAGCUGAAGUUACAGUCCCACUUCCAGAAACUCUGAAAGAUUUCGUUUCAUAACAGAGAAAUGGAGGUUGAUAUGGAGGCGUCAUCUAGCUUCUUCGACCCGGAAGAUCUCUCCACCCGGGAACAGUUUCGACGUUACGGGAAAAGACACUCGACUUCAAGCAUAUCACCGCAUCAGCAACGUUCAGUUUCGAAGAUCAAUGAACCUGGGCUGUUGUAUGAUGGGACAAAUAUCCACAGCCCAACUAACACAGCAUUGAUUCUUGAAAAUAUUAAACAAGAGGUCCAGAGCUUUGACUAUGAAGGAACACCAGUUAAGAUGCAAUCGGCUAGUAAAAGGAGGUCAUCAAUUGAUAGUCAUGGCAUCUUUGAUGCUGAUGUUGCUCUUGAUUCAAUCCACUUAGGAAGUCAGUCACUAAAAGCUUGCAAGAUUGAGAAUGAUGCUUUGGCAGAUAGUGGAGAGACAACCUUUGCUCUGUUUGCAUCUUUACUGGAUUCUGCUCUUCAAGGGUUAAUGCCAAUACAUGAUCUGAUUUUAAGGUUUGAAAGAUCAUGCCGGAAUGUAUCUGAAUCGAUCAGGUAUGGGUCCAACAUACGGUUAAGGGUUGUGGAGGACAAGUUGAUGAGGCAGAAAGCUCAGUUCCUGCUUGAUGAGGCCGCUACCUGGUCUCUUCUGUGGUACCUAUAUGGAAAAGGGACUGAAGAACUCCCUGAAGAUCAUAUCCUGUCACCUUCAACAUCACAUAUAGAGGCUUGCCAGUUUGUUGUCAAUGACCAUACAGCACAAUUAUGCCUUCGGAUUGUUCAAUGGCUUGAAGGAUUAGCAUCUAAAGCUCUUGACCUGGAAAGCAAGGUUCGAGGAUCUCAUGUGGGUACCUAUCUUCCCAAUUCUGGAAUUUGGCACCAUACGCAACGGUUUCUCAAGAAAGGAGCUUCCAGUUCUAACACUGUUCAUCACUUAGAUUUUGAUGCUCCAACACGCGAACAUGCUCACCAGCUACCUGACGACAAAAAGCUAGAUGAAUCCCUCCUUGAAGAUGUCUGGACUCUAUUAAGGGCUGGAAGACUGGAAGAGGCAUGUCACCUUUGCCGAUCUGCUGGACAGCCCUGGAGAGCCGCAUCAUUAUGCCCAUUUGGAGGAAUGGACCUAUUUCCAUCUGCUGAAGCCCUGGUGAAGAACGGGAAAAAUAGAACUCUUCAGGCCAUUGAACUGCAAAGUGGUAUUGGUCACCAGUGGCGACUUUGGAAAUGGGCUUCCUAUGGUACGUCAGAGAAAAUUUCUGAACAGGAUGGUGGUAAAUAUGAAGCGGCUGUAUAUGCUGCCCAAUGCAGCAACUUAAAGCACAUGCUUCCAAUCUGUACUGACUGGGAGUCUGCAUGCUGGGCUAUAGGAAAGUCCUGGCUUGAUGUUCAAGUGGACCUAGAACUAGCUCAUCUACAACCAGGUAGAAUGGAGCAGUUAAAAAGUUAUGGAGAUGAUAUUGAAGGAAGUUUGGGACAAAUUAGCAGCACCUCUCAGCCCUUAGGCGGACCAGAAAGUUGGCCACUGCAAGUUUUGAACCAACAGCCACGAGAUCUUUCUUCUCUUCUUCAAAAGCUCCAUUCAGGAGAAAUGGUGCAUGAAGCCGUUACUCGAGGGUGCAAGGAGCAGCAACGACAAAUUGAGAUGAAGCUUAUGUUAGGGAACAUACCACAUCUUGUGGAACUCCUAUGGUCAUGGAUAGCACCUUCAGAAGAUGAUCAAAAUGUCUUCAGGCCUCAUGGCGAUCCUCAGAUGAUCCGAUUUGGUGCACAUCUAGUGCUUGUGCUUAGAUAUUUACUUACUGAUGAAAUGAAGAAUCCUAUUAGGGAUGAGCUUAUGAUUAUUGGUGAUCACAUUAUACACAUGUAUGCAAUGUUUUUAUUUUCAAAGCAACACGAGGAAUUGGUUGGGAUUUAUGCUUCCCAGCUUGCAGGCCACCGAUGUAUUGACCUCUUUGUGCACAUGAUGGAACUAAGGCUAAAUAGCAGUGUGCAUGUGAAAUAUAAAAUCUUCCUUUCUGCUAUGGAGUAUUUGCCAUUUUCUCCUGGAGAUGAUUCAAAAGGCAGUUUUGAAGAAAUUAUCGAGAGGGUUAUGUCAAGAUCUCGGGAAAUCAAACUUGGAAAAUAUGACAAAGUAAUAGAUGUUGCAGAACAGCACCGGCUGCAGAGUCUUCAAAAGGCUAUGGUAAUCCAGUGGUUAUGCUUUACACCUCCAUCCACCAUUGCUAAUGUUGCAGCUAUCAGUGCCAAACUUCGUAUGCAAGCAUUGAUACACAGCAACAUAUUAUUCAGGGAGUUCGCUUUAAUUUCUAUGUGGAGAGUGCCAGCAAUGCCUAUAGGUGCACAUGCAUUACUUAGUUUCCUUGCUGAACCUUUGAAGCAGCUUUCAGAAACUCCUGAUACACCCGAGGAUUAUGUUUCUGAGAAUCUAAAAGAGUUCUUGGACUGGAGGGAGUACUAUUCCUGUGAUGCAACAUAUCGGAACUGGCUUAAAAUUGAAUUAGAGAAUGCUGAUGUUUCUGAAAUCUCUUUUGAGGAGAAACAAAGAGCUGUUGCAGCGGCCCAAGAGACACUGAAUUUAUCUUUAGUAUUGCUUCAACGAAAAGAAAAUCCAUGGUUGGUUUCCCUUGAAGACCAUGUAUAUGAAUCAACAGAACCAUUAUUCCUCGAGUUGCAUGCUACAGCAAUUCUCUGCCUGCCUACCGGUGAAUGUAUGUCUCCCGAUGCCACAAUGUGCACUGCAUUAAUGAGUGCUCUUUAUUCUACAGUGAGCGAGGAAGUUGUACUAGAGCGCCAAUUAAUGGUGAAUGUUUCUAUUUCGUCGAGCAACAGUUACUGCAUUGAGGUCGUGCUUCGCUGUUUGGCAGUAGAGGGUGAUGGACUCAGGUCUCAUGACUUAAAUGAUGGUGGCAUUCUUGGUACAGUGAUGGCAGCCGGCUUUAAAGGGGAGCUUGUUCGGUUCCAACUGGGAGUUACAAUGGAGAUAUGCCGAUUGGAUGCUUGGUAUACAAGUGAAGAUGGUUCUUUGGAAGACCCAGCAACAUAUGUUAUUCGGGGACUUUGUCGUAGGUGCUGUCUUCCAGAACUCAGUCUUCGUUGUAUGCAGGUUUCUGUAUCACUUGUGGAGUUGGGUAAUGAACCUGAAAGCCACAAUGAGUUGAUUGAACUAGUCGCUUCCUCUGAAACUGGGUUUCUGCAUUUGUUUAGUCAGCGACAAUUGCAGGAAUUUUUGUUGUUCGAGAGGGAGUACGCGAUAUGCAAAAUGGAGUCUCAGGAGGAAGAACCUUCGUUUUGAUCAUUCAUUUAUUUCUGAAAACAAGAUUUCCGGGGCCAUCUUGGCUUGCUUAUAAUCUUUCGGGCGCAAUUCAAAUAUUGAUGAAGAGCUGCAACUGUGUUUUCCUUGCUCUUUAUUGGAAUCAUUUUUGUUUAAAAGGUGUAAAUGGAUGAAUACACGAGAAUGCGUUUAUGUUUUUCUUCACAAUAUAUAUUUGCCGGCCGAACUCUUUCCUUCUCUUGUAUAGGACAGUAUCCCUAAUUGAAAUUUGAAGCUAUUUAUGACUUC